AUGACGACGACACCUCCAACAAGUCCAACACUAGUUUUGCAGCAAUGUAGGGAAGAUGUAGCUGCUCGUAAAAGACGUCAGAUGCGAAGGCGACGAGCUAUUUUGUAUGCACGGAUUAUCAAGUUGAAGAAAGAAGUAACGAAUGCAGUUAAGCGAAAAACACAAGAAAAGAUAUUUAAGGCUCAAAAGUCAAAAGAUAUUGAUACAAUCAACAUAGAUUAUGAGAAUCACCAAGUACCACUACCGUCUUCUUCACACAUAAGAACCUACAUCAGUAGGAACCUACAACAGUUAUCAAACUCUGGUAGCCAUCAGAUAGCUAACAUUGGAGAUUAUGUCCUGGUCAAAUGGGGCAAGUCAAGUUAUCCCGGAGAGGUUCUUUCUGUUUUUGAAGAUGGUUUAAUGGUGGUGUACGAGGUUGCGAUCGAAAAGCAAACCAUACGUGAAAUGAACAUAAGUACAAGUUCCCUACAACAUUUUAACACCAACAGUUAUAUUUUGAUAUUAGUAAGUUACCGUAAGACAAACGGGUUUAUGUAUCUGGCACUGCUAGUUCGUCUUUUCGGUGGAGUGAAUUAUACUGUUAAUGAGGAUACUGAACGGUCAAAGGAAAAUAAGGAGAAUAAAUUUAGUAGCGGAAAAGAUAAAGAUGAGACAAAAGAAAGCCAUGAAUAUGAUUUCAUUAUUGUUGGAGCUGGAUCAGCUGGUUGUGUGUUAGCAAACAGAUUAUCAGAAGAAGAACAAUGGCGGGAGGAAUUUCAAAGCGAGCGCGAGAGCGAGCGACCGUUACAAAAGAAGCUCUCAACUGCGAAGGCUCGCUGCUCUCUAGACCAGAGCAUGAUGGCAGCUGACUGGAGGGAGAAACAAACUUGGGAACUUCCCCCUCCAGAUGCGCCCCCUCUUGCCCCUCUCCCCGCCCAACUCACCGCGCGGGAAUUUUUUCAAAUAAGAGGUUCGAGCGCUAUAAAUACCCUUUUGUAUAUGAGAGGUAAUAGACGUGAUUAUGACCAUUGGGAGGAAAUAGGCAACUACGGAUGGGGCUAUGAUAAGCUCUUGCCUUACUUUAGAAAAUCUGAAAAUAAUAAAACUGUUGAAGCAUUUGAUACGUAUCAUCACGGAACAGGUGGACCUAUAACUGUAGAGAGAUAUCCUUAUUACGAUAUUAAUAAUUUUAUGAUUCUCGAAUCAUUUAAAGAAUUGCAUAUCCCAGAAAUAGAUUUAACUGCAGAAGGUAAUAUUGGUGUCAAUAUAGGUUUAUCAACUUCUAAAGAUGGAAGAAGGGUUUCAGAAAAUGUGGCUUACAUCAAACCCAUUCGUGAUGUAAGAAAGAAUCUUGAUAUUAUAACAAACGCUUUUGUGACCAAAUUAAUUAUAGACCAUGAAACAAAAACGACCUUAGGUGUUACCUAUGAGAAAGAUGGCAAAUCUUACAAUGUUUAUGCUAAAAAGGAAGUGAUAUCUAGUGGUGGAACUGUUAAUUCCCCGAAAUUAUUGAUGGUAUCUGGUAUUGGGCCUAGAGUGCAUUUGGAGAGUUUGAAUAUAUCUGUUCUUGCUGACUUAUCUGUCGGUCAUAACUUACAAGACCACGUUACUACAAACGGUUUUAUUAUUUCUCUGUCGAAUAAAACUGCCACCAACGUUAGCUCUGAGCAAUUGUUAGAAGAGGUGCAACGGUACCAUGACCAGGAACCGAAAAAGUAUGGACCAUUGGCGACAACAAAUGUUGCCGGUACUACUGCGUUUAUAAAAACUAAGUACUCUCGUGAAAGUGCACCAGAUAUACAAUUUAUUUUUGAAGGUAUUAAUAAUGUUGCAGAGUUUUAUUCUGAUCCGCAGGCUUAUUUAAUGAGUGACAGUUUUACUGCUUCUUUUUAUGAUGGACUUUUCUGUAAACCUCUUUUAAUAAAACCAUGCAGUAGAGGUAUCAUUUUGCUUAAUAAUAACGACCCUGUUCACGGGAACCCUCUAAUUUAUCAGCGUUUUUUUACUGAGAAGGAAGAUAUAGAUGUUCUUAUAGAGGGUUUUAAGUUUGCUGUUAGUUUAGAAGAAACUGAAGCAUUUAAAAAAUAUGGAGCGCGUUUUGUAAGAGUUCCUAUAAAAAACUGUGAGAAUCAUGAAUGGGGAUCCAAUGAUUAUUUUGUAUGUUUACUUACUGAGUAUACUGCUACUAUUUAUCAUCCUGUUGGAACUUGUAAAAUGGGUCCUUCAUCGGAUAAAGACGCAGUUGUCGAUCCUAGAUUACGGGUGUACGGUGUCAAACGGUUAAGAGUUGUUGAUGCAUCUGUAAUGCCGUUUAUACCUAGAGGCAAUAUAAAUAUACCAACAGUCACAAUAGCAGAAUAUAUAUCGGAUCUAAUCAAAUCUGAAUAUAAGCAAUAA